AUGGGCAGGAAAAGGAAGCUAGAGAUGAGAUUUGAUGAUAUUUUAAACAUGGAAGCAAUUUUCAUGAAAGGAAGAACAAGUAUUCUCAGAGUUGAGCUGAAAAGAGUUCCUGAGAUGGGUAUUGAAAAAGAACCUGAACAUGGCAAACAUACUAUUUGGAUUGGAGAAGAUGAUUUCACUAGAGGCCAAGUACAUGUGAACAUGAUUUAUGAGGUUGAGUUUGAAGAAGGAAUUUUGGAGCAGCACUAUGAAAGACUUUUGAUUGUUGAGCCUCGAUUCCGUGGGAUCAAUCAAUUAAAUUCAUCCAUGGAAGGUUCAACCUUCGAACUGAUAAGGAAUAAUGUUGGAAGCUUAGCAAAUCAUGUCAACUUCAAUAAUCCAGUUGUAAAUGUCCAACCAAUCAAUGGCUUUGGAUCUUUUGGUGAUCAAAGACAACUAACAAAUGAGUUUGCAUCUAUCCAAAAGACUCUAGCAAAUAAUGAAGUGCAUUUCGGAUUGAGUGAAGGACCUGAAGGCCUAAGAGCGGAAAUAACUGAAAAUAACUCACUAACAAUGAACGUUUUAAACUCCCAACCAAGUAACAACUUUAGAAAUCUCGAUGAGAUUUCGACAUAUAAUGGAUUGCAUCAUAGAUCAAAUGAAAUUGCAAAAGAGCAAAUUGUCCAAAAUGUAGACUUUCAAAAGAUGAAGGAUCCAAUGAAUAAUAACUUAAGGCAUUCCCUAGAUGAGAAUAAUAGCAACCCUCUUCCAACUAAUGAGGAAGGCAUUCCCUAG